AACUUCAUUGCUCGACUUGGAUUCUAUUCAUUCAGUCUACAUCCUCUACAACGAAAACACUGAACACACCGUUCAGAAAAUCUCUCUCACACAAAAAUCAACUUAUAAAACAAUAGGAAACCCGAUAAUAAAAUAUUAACAAAACCGACUAAUGAAACAAUAAGAAACCCGUCAAGAUGCGGAUGCUAAAUAUAAACCAAGUUGCUCCAAACUUUUCCACAAUUGCGGUGAUGAACGGUGCCAUGCGGAGUUUAGCACUGGAGGAUCUCCGUGGAAGAUAUGUCCUGCUAUUAUUUUAUCCGGCAGACUUCUCAUUUGUUUGCCCCUCGGAGUUGCAGGCUUUUAGCGAUCGAUCCGAGGAGUUUCGCAAUGUUGGCUGCGAUGUAAUGGCCUGUUCCACUGAUAGUCAUUAUUGCCACUGCGCCUGGAUGAAUCAGCCCAGGAAGGGCGGCGGUCUGGGCGAGAUGGACAUCCCAUUGCUGGCGGAUAAGUCUAUGAAGAUCGCCAGGGACUAUGGGGUACUUGAUGAGGCCACAGGAUUAGCUCUGCGCGCCUUGUUCAUCAUUGAUCGCGAGGGACGCAUUCGCCAAAUCACAGUGAAUGAUAUGGGCGUUGGUCGUAGUGUGGAUGAGGCAUUGCGUCUAGUUCAGGCCUUCCAGUUCAGCGAUGAAUAUGGAGAGGUUUGCCCAGUUAACUGGCGACCAGGCGCCAGGACCAUGAAGGCGAAUCAAGCCGGUAUGGAGGAAUACUUCAAGCACGCCACAUAAGAAGAUACUUCAAUUUCUUUAAGCCGAGUUCAAGCAGCAAAAUAAAGUUUACGUUCAAGCUUUA